AUGCACAUUAAUGACCAGCGCACUACACCAGGGCUAGAAGCCUUGGGACCUUUCUUCGAUGAUGUUUCCGCGAUCAUCGGAGAUGCGAACAUUUCCCGGGACUCUCUGUCCGGAGCAUUGGUGGGACCAGAGGGCCAGACUUCCUACGAUGACCCUUACUGCGUUGGCACCGAUCACCAGCCAAGCGGAGCCGUCAGACCUCAAACUGUCGAGGAGGUACAGGAGGUGAUCAGAAUUGCUAACAAGCAUCGAGUUCCACUAUGGACGGUUUCUCGGGGAAAGAACUUGGGUUACGGCGGUUCAGCGCCAGUUGUCAGCGGCACAAUCGUCCUUGACCUGCAGCGCAUGAAGAAAAUUAUCGACAUCAACGAGAAAUAUGGCUACGCUAUUGUUGAGCCCGGUGUCUCGUUUUUCGACCUAUACGAGGAAAUCCAGAGGCGAGGACUACACUUAUGGCCCUCGGUGCCUGCGAUCGCUGACAAGAAGGUGUUAGGGGUUGUGACCAAACUCGGGAUCCAUAUUACUCCUGCUCCGGAGGCAUAUUCCAGUGCUGAACUCGACGUGCCGCAUGAAGAGGAUCUUGGUGUCCUGAUCGAGAUCCUAUCGGACUUGAUGCGCCGCUCCAUUAUUCUUAAUUCGCCAUCAAUUGCGAAUAGCUUCCGCAUAGCGAUGACCUCGGGGGUUCCCGAAGUGCAAGGCGAACUGUCCAAAUAUAUGAAACCCGGAUCCUGCGUUCCGUACGAGGUACUUGACCGAAUUCAGGCCGAACAAGGUUGGGGUUUCUGGAGAGCAUACUUUUCGCUCUAUGGCUCAGUUGAAAUGAUUCCCGCUCUGAAGAAGACGAUUCAAUGGGCCUUCAACGCCGUCCCCGACGUGCAGAUCCGUUGGAGAGACUUUGCUGGCACGGAGGGUCAGCCUAUCAAGGCAGCUGAUAUCAAAGAAGAGGAGAUUCCCCACGCCGGCAUCCCAACCCUCGCCCCGCUUGGACUGAUUGGGACCCAUAUGUAUCCGUGGUAUCUCGCUGCAAAAGAAAUGACGCUAGCCGCGGGAUUUGACUUUUUCGCCGACUUCCACGUAUUUCCCCGAUACGUCAAUGCUAUUGAGCUCGUCAUCUAUACCUUGCCAGAGGAGAAGGAAGCGAUGGGACUAUAUGAGCGACUGCUGGUUGAUGCAACGGAGCGAGGAUAUAUGGAGUAUAGAACCCACGUGAAAUUCAUGGAUAAGAUUUCAGGAAAGCUCGAUUUCAACGAGUCUGCUUUCCCUCGUCUGUUGAGCAGGUUGAAGGACACACUCGACCCCAAUGGCAUCCUGGCCCCUGGAAAAUCGGGAAUUUGGAACUCGCCGAAAUCCUCAUAA